CGGAUCCGGGGUGUUUUGGGGUGAUUUGAGGUGAUUUUGGGGUGAAUGUGAGCUGAUUCGGGGCUGUGUGUGUAAUGAUGGAUUAUUGGAUGGGGGGUGUCAGUAGAAGUGACGGCCAUAUUUGCCGGUGCUGCUCUGCUGUAAACAAAAAGUGUGUGAGAGACGGACGCUCCGCCGAAUUUAGGGACAUUUUUAUUUCUGUAAUUUAAUAUGUCUUUAGGAAUGUCUUACAAAUCGAACCCCCACCAGCACAUUCCGGGAACUUCAGGGAACCAAGCUGGAAACAUUCCCUCUCCAUCUUCAAACAUCUCCACGGUUCAGUCCUACAGGCCCAUAAUAAAUGACUUUGGACCUCCAUCACUGGGAUUUUUACAGGGGCCAAAUGGGACCCAGCCUCCCCAGAGCAAAUACGCCGAGCUGCUCGCCAUCAUCGAAGAGCUGGGGAAGGAGAUCAGGCCGACGUACGCUGGGAGCAAAAGUGCCAUGGAGCGCCUCAAAAGAGGUAUAAUUCACGCGAGAGGACUCGUACGAGAGUGUUUGGCAGAGACUGAGCGGAACGCGAGAUCUUAACCCCCGAACCCGGACCCACGUCCAGGAGCCGAGGAGGCGUGUCCUAAUCUCCCAUCGGAGUGCUGCAUGGCUUUCCCACAACACAGGGAUGAAACAAUCAAAAUUUAUGCUUUGAGUAUUGUAGUGGAGUUAUGGGUUGGAGGCAUCGCAGAGUUCAUCGUCUGUUCGGUGAAUGAAUUAAGAGGUGUUGAAUUUAUGAGUGUUGCCAUUUGAUUUUCUUUCCUCUUUAUAUUAUUAUUAUUAUUAUUAUUAUUAUAUAUUUUGCCACAUUGUAUCUUAAAGAACAGAGACAGGUGAGACUGCAUGCUGUGGACGGGUUGAGCAGAGUUUGAAAGUGCAUGGCUUUUACAGGUUUAGAGUAGGUACGUCCUCUUCCAUCGGAUUUGAUUAAGGAGCUUUGAGUGCUUAAUCCUUUUUUUAUUGGGAUUAUUUGAGGACAGCUGUAGUAAUAUCAUUAUUUUAGUCUUUUUUUAUUUAUUACCUUGUGUAAUAAAAUGUAUUUUCAUGUAAAAAAGGUCACUUUUUGGAAUUUUGUAUAAACAUCAAUAAAUAUUACAUUUGUUGUGUACAAAAA